GCGGUAUACGGAGCAGGCAAGGCGCAAUCGGGCAACGCUUUCUGCUGUUGUGCUUGUGCGACGCAGCCACCAACACAGCUGACGUCGCUGCCUGUACGCAGGUGAGAUAAUAUAUUUAUAUGCAUGUAUAGUUCUCUUAGAUAGACUUCAGCAGUAAAAGACCAAUCCCUUGUCUACGGUGCCGACGUAGCACAACAAGCCUGCUCUAGUGGGUUUGCCGCUUUGUGUCUUCGGGCGGCCUUACUUGUAGAGGCGCCUUCGUCGGCUACUUUUGCUCUCUUUAUUGGAGUGUGUGUGAGUGUCCUGCGCAUCUGUACAGCUGGCGCACCCCAAGCACAGAGGCAUUGUUUACCUGCUCCCUGUGUCGUAACCUCUUCAUUUUUUUCUUUCUUUUUACACGGCUUCUAGUGCUCCUUGCUUUCCGCUGCGGCAGCCGUCAUGAGCAACGAAGCCUACACCUCCAUCUCAAAUCGAGUGGUGUCUCUCGAGGACAUUAUCCGCCAGCAGGAGCAGACCAUCGGCACCGUCUUGCAACGCUUGCGUGAUGUGGAGCAAUACGCGGCGUCGGAGGCGCGCAACCGCCAGCAGACGCAGCAGCAGCUGUAUCAACUCCUUGGCGAACGCGGCGGGAGCUCGGCGGAGGCGGCGCAGCAAAUGCAGGCCAUUUUGCAGAACCAAAACGAACGCCUUAGCGCCGUGCAGGCGGACGUGCAGGGGCAGGCGGCGGCCCUCCGUGGACUAGACGACAAGUACAGUGCCGCACUACAUGGGUUGGAGCAGCGCAUGCAGUCGGACGUCGGCGGCGUGCAGCAACGUGCCCAAACGGGCGAGACGGCCUCGAUGGAGGCGAUGCGCAACUUACAGGCGCAGCUGCAGGGCGUUUCGAACGCCACGCAGGCCGUGGAUGCCCGCUGCCGCGAUGACCUGCUCGCUGUUCAGCAGCAGUUGACGGUCGAACUCGCGGCGCAGCGGCAGCGAGCCGACAAUUUAGAGAAUGCCAUCCGCGAUGCCCUGCGGGAUGUGCACGGGUCGCUGAUGGGCGAACUCCGCAGUGCCGAUACGCAGCACCGCACAGAGCUGGAUGGGGCGGUACAGCGGGUCAACAAAUCUCUCGAAGCGCUCGACCAGCGCACACGUGCAGACAUGAAUCAACUGCACUCCGUCGAACAGGGAGACGUGAGCGAGUUGGGCCGCCGCAUUGAGGACGCGGAGCGUAAUCAGCGGGAGAUGCUACAGGCCAGCACAAACGGUUUGGCGAGCGAGGUGGCGCAGGUGGCGCAGCACAGCCAAAACUUGGAUCGACGACAGGCGGCGGCUCACCAGACGCUGCUGCAGGAGCUAGCGAAGCACGAUGGACAACUAGAGUCGGUGGACCUGAACUGGCGCGCCAGCGUGACAGACCUGGGGGCGAUGAUGCGAGAGAGCAUGGCCGCGGCCCAGCAGCAGGCCGCAGCGGGCGAUCAAGCGUUGCAGCGGCAGUGCACCGCGCUAGAGAGCCGCCUCACCGCCGCCACGGAGAGCUUCACACGUAACGUGAACGAGCUGGGCCACACGGUUCAGGAAAACUGUGUGCAGCCGAUCAAUGAGAUGCAGCGUGCGCUGAGUGCGCAGGAGCAAAGGCUUUCUCGCGUGGCGGACGAGUACGCCGCGGUGCAGGACUCCAUGAAAACCUUCGCCUCACGCGUGGAUCAAGAUGCGAGCCAGUUCAAGCAAGUCGUGGAGGCCGCGGUGCGGGCCUCACAUGCGGACUUGCUGGAGCGCAUCAACUUCGCCUCUGCUGCGAUCACCAUGCAGCAGGACCCCGAGGCCUUCCGCGUCGAGGUAAAUCGGGCCCUGAAAAAACUGUGGGACGACGCGAAGGGCGUUUUCCUGACGCAGCGCAGCUUGGGCGACAUGCAGGCGCAGCUGGCGGCGCUGGAGAACGCGGUGCGGGUGGAGCUGUGCGCGCUGGCGGAGCGCAACAACGCCGUGCAGCAAAACGUUGAAGGUGUUCGGCUCGCCCAGCAACGUGCGGGGAGUGAGGCGGGGCGCAAGGAAACUGCUGCGAAAGUGGAGUCCCCUCCCUCCCCUCCUCCUCCUCCUCCUCCGACGACGACGACGACGACGACGGCGAAGACGGUCUCCCCGCUGCUUUCCCCGAAAGACACGACGGCAACCACGGCAGGUUCUCAGAAAGCUUCUACCCCGUCGCCAGUGUUGUCGAAGUCACCACCACCACAACCGCGCAGUCCUCUCCGGUUUACCUCUGCAGCGCAGGCGGACACCGCCCCGGGCCGUAAUUCUCCUGAGUCCCAGGUGGACGAGCCGCUGCCGCCACCGCAGCCCCCGAUCCAGGCCUUCGCCGUGGAGCCGACACACGAUGUGCCGGCCCCGCCCCAUCCGAAGGUGGAGGAGAUCGAGCGAGACAACGAAGAGGAGGAGCAGGAGCACAUCAGACCCGACGUGCGGUGGCGGCAACACGAGAAGGCCAUCGACGGCCUUCGUGCCUCGCUGAACCGUCUGCGGCAAACUCAGCUGCAGGCGUCGGACAAGGCGUCUGUAGACGCGCUGCGGCGCAUGGAGGACAGAGCCGCAGAGGGGGAGGCGGCGGACACGGAGUCCCCACGCCCGCACGGGGCCCUGCAAGACGCCAGGAGUGCCGCGUCGGAAGCCGGGGAGUCCUCGCGAGAGGCAAAAGGUGCGGCCGCACAUGCGGAACACGCAUCGAGGGAGGCGCGCGGUGCCGCCGCCGCCGCCGCUGAGAGCCUCCAGGCCGCGAAGGCCAUGCAGGACGACGCGCUGAAGGUGGCGAACGAACUGCGGCUGGCGCUGAAGCGCGUGGAGAAGACGGAGGCGACGCUUCAGCAGCGGCUGACGGAGCUGCGCGCGGUGGAGCGUGCGAGCGAUGUGCCAUUCGAGUCUGGCAGCGUCGAUCGCACAGCGCACCUUUCCCGUACGUCGGCCACGACGGAGUUCGUGUCGAGCCCCUCUUCGCUGCCGACCGGCGCUGCUGUGGACGAAGGACAGGGCGAACAUGGAAAGACGACAGAAGAGGAGGCGCGGCAGCGGCGGAGCAACACGGAAGGGAGACCGCCGAAGGCCCGUCCGAUGAGCACCGUCGCGGUUGGACAGGUGACCGACUUGCCGAAGAUCGACACGCGGCCGGCGUCUGCUCCGGAGCAGGCACCGUCGUCCACGUCGCCCUCCGCUGCGGAAAAGCUGAUGGAGGUGCCUGGUCUUUCGAAAGGGGAGGUCUUCAUCGUGCGACAAGAAACCUCCAACCGACCAUCGCCCGCCUCACUUCGGCAAAGGCUCAGCCUUAAGGGUGCGCCACCACUGGCCCCCACACCGCUGAAGGAGUCGACAGCGACCGCGGCCACAAAGCCGGCGACCCCGUCUGAGAGCGACCUCUUUCUCCCGGCGGUGCGCCGCGGCUCGGGACUGACGGAAGUGCUGUUGCCGACCCACCAGUUCGUGCGCAAGCGGGAGUACAACAACUUCAAAGACUUCACGAAGCAAGAGGUUGACGCCCUUUGGGUGGAGCUGCUGAACCUGCGCCGCAGCCAGGGUAUGCCGAAGGAGGCGGUGCUGCUGGAGCUGAGCCAGAGCAAGGAGAAGCUCCUCAGCACCGUGCUGCAGAUUGUGCAGCGGCAGGAAAAGGAAACACUCGAGAUGUUGAGCAGCAUUCAGACGCAGCUGCUGGACUUACGCAGCGACCAGGCAGCGACGCGGGAGGUGAAGGUGUUCCCGAUUGAGGGCAGCAAGCACCUGGAGGAGUUCAUGCGAGCCAUCAGCGCCGACACCCCGCGGCACUCCACCGAUCUCGUGACACGUGCGACUCGUCCACCGUCGACGUCAGCGCCGCGCCAGGCACCGUCUUCCGCACCGGAAAGGCGCACGUCGCCGUGGCGCACGGCGAGCAGCAACGAACGCGUCACGCGCUCCUCGGCACCGAUGUUGCUGUCUCCGGAGAGGGAGGCGGACACGACGCUGUCGAGUGCCCGCUCGGCUUCCCCGCUGACACCGCAGAUCAUUCCGAAGGUCGUGCACAACCGCACAAGCCUCCCCAGCAAAGCCGAGCCCACCGAAGUGUUUUUCACAGAGAGCGACCACUCCCACCCGCAGCACCUCAUCAGCCAGCCACAGCGCAGCCAGUCCACCUCCCCUCAGCUCCCUACUGCAACGCUAAGCGGACCACAGCAGGCCCACCACUACGUUGUGGCUGCUCCGGUAGAUCCUUCCACUGUGUCCCCCGUCGCGCGACCGGUCGAGCCGGACAGCGCGACCCCGCAGUACCGCCCAACGGGACUUCAGCCUCCCGCGACGAAGGCUUCCCCCACGAAAGAGUCGCGACCGUCGUCCGGAAAGGUGGAGGCGGCGCGGCGGCUUUCCUUACUGCCGCCAAGUGCCGCAGACGCCGCAGCCGCGCAGCAAGUCGGCUCUCCGUACGUUUCCGCCGGUGUGCCGUCGUCGGGCCCGCUGUCGUACGCGAAGCAAUCGCAGGACGGCGGGGACGGGUUGCUUGCGUUGACGCGGUUGUUGGUUGAGGGGAAGUCGCCGCGCAACUCGGUCGGUAACGCCUUUCAUCUCAGCCCGUUAGAGGGCCCGGGGAGCCGGGGCAGCAACGCGCAGACGUCCCUGCCGCGGCGCGAACCAGGCGAGCCGCCCAACAUCCGCGAGGACCCGCAGGAGUCGAAUCGAAGGAUGCUCGAAGAAGAGCCAAAGCCGCACGAGUCCCGACCGCCGCGCUACGAUCUUCUUCCCCUCCACCCGCCGCCUCUGCCUGCGGUGCCGAAAGCGAGCCUAGUCGACCUCCCCCCUCCCCCGCUCACCGACACCUCACCCGACAAGUACCAACCCAUGUCCAUCCAGGAUGGCAGCGAGAUUUAUUACGCGUCAGUCGAGGACCAGCGCCCGACGCGCCGCCGGUCGCUGCGCCGCUCUUCAGCCGCGGCCGACAACACUCCUACACGCCGCGCAAGCGACGCCGGCGUGGUGCGGCGGACGCUGCCACCGGAGCACUUGUACCAGCGACAUGCCUCUGUGACCGCGCCGCAGUCCGGGCACGACGACGACGACGAGUCGCCGCCGCGUCCACGGGAGCCGCAGCAACCGCGCCGUGACCGCACCCCAACCCGCGGCCCAGCGACGGAGGCAACGCGUACCGACACGCCCCCCACACUCCGCCGUCCCUCGGUGCACGUGCUGCCGUCGAAAGGCCCAAUCCACCUCGGCCCCUACAACCCACCACGGCUCGAGGAGCCACUCCCGCAGCGGCAACAGCAACCGGACGAAGAUCGAAGGGCAGGGCCGAACACGCGCCGGCCGAGUCGCCUUUCCUCGCCGUCCUCGCUGCAGCACCACGCCGAUCACAAUCCGCACGUCUACGCCCCGAUCAGUGGGCGAGAGUGGGAUGUGUACAGCACGUCGCAGUCGCUGGCGGUAACGUCGUCGUCGUCGCCGGGUGGCGGCAGCCGUGGCCGCGCCUCUGCGUCGUCCCGCCGCUCUGCCGCCUCUCCGAUGGUACCGAUGCGGAUCUUAGACGCUCCUGCGAAUGUGUCGACCGGUAAUGCCACAAAACCCACCUCGUCGGCGACGAUCCGCAUUCACCCUUACCGGGAGGAGGCGGAAGAGUUGUGA